AUGUUUUAUGAUUAUACCAUCAUUUUUAGAAACUUACCUCCCCCUACUUUUUCAACUGGUAUUCUUAUUUUUAUGAUAAAAAUGUUUGAAAAACAUACUAAUAUAAAAGUGAUAAAUGAGGAAGGGGAUAAUUCUAUUGAUCAAGAAAAUAAAAAAAGAAUAUGUAUAAUUGGUGGUGGUGUUAGAGGUAUAUGUGCAUUAAAACAUUUUUCUAAAUCAUCUAAUUGUCAUGUUGAUUUGUAUGAAACUGAAAAAAGAUUAUUUAACAGUAGGAGAUUAGAUGGAGAAAAGUCAAAUGUUUUCAAUGGUGAGGUAGCAUCAAUGCCAACAAUUGUAGUUCAAUUUGCAACAUUUCCUUUUACAAAAGUUAAAAAUUGUUUUCCAACACAACAACAGAUAUUAGAAUAUUUAGAAGAUUAUUCAAAUGAUAUACAGUCAUUUAUCAAGUUUAAUCAUAGAGUUGUCAAAACUGAGUAUGUCAAAGAAGAUACUAACUGGAUUGUUACAAUAAAAAGAGAAAAUGAUAAUGAAAUUAUUACCUUGAGAUAUGAUAUUAUAUUAGUAUGUUCUGGAAGAAAAGAUAUCCCAUUUAUUCCAACAGUUUUAAACUCAUAUAGAGGGAAUUUAUUACAUUCAAAAGAUUUUAAAAAUCCUGAAAAUUAUAAAAAUCAAAAUAUUGGUAUUAUUGGUAUUGCCAAAAAGAUAUACUUUUUUGAUGUAACAUAUCUACAUAGAAAUUUUAAAAAAAAUACUUUUCCAGAUGAUUUUAUUAAUGUUCAAGCAACUGAAUAUAAAAUAUAUUUUGAGGGUAAUAAAUUAUUUAGAAAAAAUGAAGAAUGUGAUGGUAUACAAUUAGAUACAUUAAUAUCAGCAACAGGUUAUCAAUUAAAUUAUCCAUUUCUUGAAAAAGAGGAAUAUUUUAAUUAUACAUCUAAAAAAAGAGAUAUUCAGGAUUUAAUAUUAAAUUUUCUUCACUAUAAAUAUGCAAAUUCUCUUUUUUUUAUUGGACUUGAAGAUCAAGAUGAAACAUUUAAAUAUAUUGAUAUUCAAGUUCGAACAAUAUAUAAUAUAAUUUUUAAUAAGCAUAAUUCACGCAAACUUGGUAUAUUAUGGAAUGAAAUGGAAGCAUUACAAAGGGAAUUAAUAUCUUUUCAGGAAAAUGAAGAUAUUAAAGAUAAUAAUAAUGAUGAUGAAAAUGAAAUUCAUCCAAAAUUAUUACAUUAUAAUUUACGGGUUAACUCACCAACUAUAUAUAAAGAUUUAAAAGAACUUGGUCAAAGUAUAUUAUUUCCUUUAGAUUAUAAAAAUCAGGCAUUUUGUUACUCAACAAAUCCUCCUUUUUUUACAAUCAAUUAUGAUAAUUGCAAUGUAUAA